UUGUUAUUGUUGCACCUAGUGAAUCGCUAUUUUCCUCGUCGCAUUGAGCUGUGUUCAUGGAAUUUUUACUCGAUGCUUCCGAUUCGAUGCCAAUAGGGAGCCCCGUGAAAGCUUUUUGGACAGUGUUCAUGGGAUUUUCACUCGAUGCUUCCGAUUCGGUGCCAAUAGGGAGGCGCGUGAAAGCGUUUGGACAUGGAUUUGCUCUUCUCAUGCCGCUCACGUGACUCUCCCCUCUUUUGCGGUGUAUAAUGGGAUUCGUGCACGGCACCCUCGCAGUUGUGCACCGUGGACCGGCAAUCGAAAAGCUCUUUGUUGCGAGUGGCGACACAUCCACUGCAUUGCGUCAUGAUGAAAAGUAACACCUUGCGUCCUUUUUGGUGCUUUUGGAUCGUGUAAGGCGCAUAAAAAUCAUUGGAAAGAGAUUGAGUGCGGGAGAUUUUUGGUUCCGGUUCAUUAGGGUUUUUGUCCCCGUUGUGGAUUUGAACCGACCACUUCUCAGCUCGUGACAAUUUGGAUUGAGUUGCUGAGAGCACUUGUGCCGAAUCGAAUUGCGGAGUCAUUGCUGUGAAGGGGGAGAGGGGAGCUAGUUUUGGUAAUUCGAUUGGGAGUGUGUAACCUCGUGCCAAGGAACUAUUCCGUGAUUUCGGAGCAAGCAAGCAAGCCUACUGUUGUUUGUGUGUGAAGGUUGUCGUCUUAGAUAGCCAUGUUCCAGAUCUUGCUGUGUUGUCUGCAUCAACUACCUCCGAGUGCUGCUGGAGCACUUCAUUUACACCCGUCGCUCCUCCCGUUCUCGCCCUCUUUCCCCCUCAAUGCUUCUGCACUUUGUUUCUCUUCUCCCUCCCGCCCUCUCUCGCACUUGUGCUGGACUCGUCGGCGCUCUUGCAAUCUAAGCGUCAGUGGGCACGACCAGCUUGCUUCGGGCGUCGCUGCUUGCUGUGGCAGGUCUGGAUUCUGGUCGAGACGGAGUUUUCUUUCUGCCAAUCCAGUUUUCUCCUCUGUAAUUGGAUCGGGCAAGUAUAGUAAAUUUCAACACAUAAGGCCUCCUAGAUUGAGCGCGUUGAGGGCUGUAUCUACCGACGCUCAGGACACGUCGUCGAGGAGAAUCGCACCUGCCUCCAUGAUUCCAGCUUGCUUGUCCAUAAUAGAGAAGUCUGUCUUCCGCUUCGAUGAGUCGGAACUCGCUAGAAAGGAAGCGGCGCCGUCUGUUUCUUGUUUAAAUCCAUGUUUGCGAGAGGAAGAAAUCAAGGUUGAGAGUAAUGAACCAGAGUUCAUCCCUGCAUUCGACUCCGACGGCGCGAAUCAAAUUGUUACGCUGCAGCUUCCAUCUGGAACAACCUUUUAUGGCACUGGUGAAGUUGGUGGUUCUGUUGAGCGCACCGGAAAGCGGAUUUAUUCGUGGAAUACUGAUGCAUGGGGCUACAACCAGAACACUACUUCUUUGUAUCAGUCUCAUCCAUGGGUAUUUUCUGUACUUCCGAAUGGGCAGGCUUUUGGAGUCUUAGCCGACACGACCAGGCGGUGCGAAAUUGAUUUGAGAAAAGAAGCAGUGAUCAAAAUUAUGGCUGCAGCUCCGUUUCCUGUGAUUACAUUUGGACCAUUUCCUACUCCUGAAGCGCUUAUGACUUCCCUAUCGCAUGCCAUCGGCACUAUGCAACUGCCCCCGAUGUGGGCACUUGGAUAUCAACAAUGCAGAUGGAGUUAUGAAACAGCAGCUAGAGUCGCCGAGGUGGCUACAACAUUCCGGGAGAAGAAGAUUCCAUGUGAUGUUUUGUGGAUGGAUAUUGACUACAUGCAAGGGUUUAGAUGUUUUACUUUCGACAAGGAUGCGUUUCCAGAUCCGAAGGGACUGUCCGAUGAAUUGCACAGCAAGGGUUUCAAGGGUGUUUGGAUGCUCGACCCUGGAAUCAUGGCUGACAAGGGAUAUAAAGCGUAUGAUCUUGGGUGUGAGGCAGAUGUUUGGAUACAGACUGCUGAUGGCAAGCCUUAUGUGGGCGAAUGCUGGCCGGGGCCAGUUGUAUUCCCUGAUUUCUUAAACAAGAGAACGCGCGAGUGGUGGGCGAAACUUGUCAAAGAUUUUGUUCCCGUUGGCGUGGAUGGCAUUUGGAACGAUAUGAAUGAACCAGCAGUUUUCAAGACUGUAUCCAAGACUAUGCCUGAGACCAACAUUCAUCGAGGAGAUGAGGAAGUUGGCGGUCGUCAGGAUCACUCUCACUAUCAUAAUGUAUAUGGCAUGUUUCAGGCAAGGUCAACAUAUGAAGGCAUGUUACUGGCGAAUGAGAACAAACGACCAUUUGUGUUGACCAGAGCAGCAUUUAUUGGUUCUCAUAGAUACGCAGCGACUUGGACCGGGGAUAACCUUGCGAACUGGGAACAUCUUUGGAUGAGUAUUCCCAUGACACUCAAUCUGGGAUUGAGUGGUCAACCUUUCAGUGGUCCGGAUAUAGGUGGUUUUGCUGGAGAUUCUACUCCUAAAUUGUUUGCUCGGUGGAUGGGACUUGGAGCUAUGCUUCCCUUUGCUAGAGGACAUUCUGAACAAGGAACUAUUGACCAGGAACCUUGGUCCUUUGGUCCUGAGGUGGAAGAUCUGUCGAGAUUUGCUUUGAACAGACGUUACCGCCUACUACCUCAUUUCUACACUCUCUUUUACAAGGCGCAUACGACAGGAGUGCCUGUUAUGACUCCCGUCUUUUUCGCUGACCCCACAGAUCCGAAACUUCGCAAGGUAGAUGAUAGCUUCCUGCUUGGUUCCCUUCUUGUUAAGACUUGGCCUACACCAAAGAAUCGAGACUCGAAUGCAGCUUUCGAGUUACCUAAGGGAAUCUGGCAGCGGUUCCACUUCGAUGAUGAUCAUCCGGAAUUGCCUUUGCUCUUUCUUAAGGGUGGGUCUAUUAUACCGACCGGACCGGUUAUUCAGUGUGUUGCUGAAGCUAGCCCAACUGAUACAGUCACUCUUUUGAUCGCUCUGGAUGGUAAAGGAGAUGCAACUGGAGUUUUAUAUGAAGAUGAUGGUGAUGGUUUCGGCUAUAAGAAUGGUGAUUACCUGAUUACCCACUACGAAGCAAGGACGGUGCAAGCUGCAGAUACCAAGCAUGGAAAAAUAAUGAUUCGUGUCGCCUCUACCGAGGGUCGACGUGAGAGGCCCAAGCGCACGCUUCAUGUGCGGCUUUUGGUCGGCGAAAACGUUCAGGUAGAGGGUGAAUGUAUUGAUGGAGAGGAGCUCACAAUCCAAUUACCGACGGAGAAUGAAAUCAACAGGUCAAUUGAGAUGAAUCGUGAGAUCGGGUCGAGUAAUUUAGAAAGAAUACAGAGUUCGUUGGAGGAGGCUUAUGGAGGCCGUCAUCCAAUAAUGGGAGUGGGAGCUGUCAAGAUGCCCGAAGACCUUGAUAAAGGAAACGUGUUUGUGAAGGUGGUGCCUUGGCUUGGUGGUCACAUAAUGUCAAUGAUUCACAAGCCGUCCGGCUACGACUGGAUGGAAGGAAGACUAGAGAACGGUGGUUAUGAGGAGUUCAGUGGCACCGAGUUCCGGUCGUCUGGCUGGAACGAAGAAUACAAAGUUGUGAAGCGUGAACUUGCUCAAACAAUGGGUUACGAGAUUCUUGGAAUGGAAGGGGACAUUGGUGGUGGAUUAGUACUGGCUCGGGAAAUUCUUCUCCCUCGUGACUCAUUGAACAAGGUCAAGAUCAGUUCUAGCAUCGUUGCACGGUCAGUCGGUGCUGGGUCUGGUGGCUUCUCCAGGCUUGUCCGUUUGCGCAUUCACCCUAUGUUCAAGAUCGUGCACCCUAUGGCAUCUUAUAUUAAAUAUACAGCUAUAGAUGGAACGGCACGUGAGCUGAAGCCGAACAUGACGUUCGACGAUUUCUCUAUCCUAGGUUCCGAUAGGCCUAAUGGUGAAUGGAUGCUACUAGACUCAGAAACUGGCCUAGCAAUUGUCAACACAUUUGACGUCAAGGAAGUCGAACUGUGUCACGUCAAAUGGGGUCCUGGAUCUGUCACGCUUGAGCUCUGGUCCGAAGAACGGCCUGUGUCGAAGGAUACCCCUCUCUCCAUUUCACACGAGUAUAAUCUUAUAGACACUACCGAGGAAUAUGCUUGAUGUAGUGUGCCACAUUGGCCUGAGUAGUUUCAGUAUUUGAUUGGAGCAAACCAACAGUAAGACUUGUUUCAAUGUUUGGCCUCCAAGUCGGAAUUUCUUAUACCGUAGAGAUAGUCUCACUCCACUGUAAAUCGUCGAUGCGUGCUGCUUGUGUUUCCUCCAAAUCGCAGUGGCGACGCCAAUCCACUCACCGAAAAUGUCCCGAAAGAAUCACUGCGAUGUUAUCAAAACCCCACUCAAAUUGACCGGGUUUUCAGAUCCAAGUCUGAUUAAACUUUGUUCCAGGCA